UUCUUUGAAAAUUUCCAGAUCCCUUGGAUUGCAAAACAAGCGGGACCUCCAUUUUGAACUCUGUCUCUGUCUUUCUCCGAAUCAAUCUAUAUCCUUAUCGUCAUCUUCUUCCUGUCUCCGGCGCGGGAGUUUUACUGUUCGUGGUUCUCAGAUCUGUUCGUUUGCUCGUCUCUCUGUUCUCUGUUAGAUGGGGAAUCUAUCGUUUUACGAUGUUUGCUCCCUUGUACAAGGGUUAGAGGGUUAAUGCGUGUAUGUGCUCCGUUUUUCGCUCAGAUUUGGAAUUGGGUAGAAAUUUUUGCUAGUUUAAAACCCUAGAUUUUGCCGAGCAAUGCCGGUGUUUUGUAUUAGCUGUUUCAGUUGAUUUUGUGUAACCUAGGUUUUUACAAGUGUCUCUCUGCUCUAGUUGUUUCGGAUUGAACUUAAAUAGUUGUCAAUUCUAGGAAUUUCCCUAUGCGAAAGACCAAAUGCGUUGAUAUAUAAGUGAAGGAUUCCUAGGGAUCUGAAGGGUUGGUGAGUUAUCUACUUCUAGAAAAUGCAGAACUUCUCGAACUCGGUUCAGACACCUGAGGCCAUUGUAGAAUGGCUGCAGAAUGAAAUGGGUUACCGGCCGUUAGGUCCAUAUAAUGGGACAAGCAAAUCCCAUGUGCCCUCUGUUGAUGCGGCAAGGAAGAUUUGCAGAGGAAACAUGAUACCCAUUUGGAAUUUUUUGAUAAAUCGAGUGAAAUCAGAGAAGACUGUAGCCAACAUUAGGAGGAAUAUUACAGUUCAUGGGGGCAGCAACAAUACUAGCAUUGGUAGUUCUUUAAAUACGGGGAAGGAGGAGGGUAGGAGUAAAGGGAGGCGGAAGGAAAAAGCAGUGGCUGGGGAGAGUUUGAGUGCAGAAGAGAGCAGAGAGGCUGCAUUGCAGGAGAGGGAAUUGGCUGCGAAGGAGGUCGAGAGAUUAAGGAACAUAGUGAGGAGGCAAAGAAAGGAUCUGAAGGCUAGAAUGUUGGAGGUCUCCCGAGAAGAAGCAGAACGAAAGAGGAUGCUCGACGAGAGGGCGAAUUACAGGCAUAAGCAAGUAAUGUUGGAAGCUUAUGAUCAACAAUGUGAUGAAGCAACAAGAAUAUUUGCUGAGUAUCACAAAAGGUUGCAAGUCUACGUUAACCAAGCAAGGGAUGCUCAACGGUCAAGUGUUGAUUCUUCUAGUGAAGUAUCGAGCAGCCUCAGCACUAACAGUGAGAGGGAAGCUGUUUAUUCCAGUGUUAAAGGAAGUAAGUCCAUAGAUGAUGUCAUUCUCAUUGAAACAGCCCGAGAACGAAAUGUCAGGAAAGCUUGUGAAUCACUGGCCUCAUAUAUGAUUGAAAGAAUAUGCAACUCCUUCCCCGCUUACGAAGGAAAUGGAAUUCAUUCGCAUCCUGAGCUUGAAGCUACGAAAUUGGGCUUCGAAUAUGAUGGAGAAAUAUCUGAUGAAACAAAGAUUGUUAUUGCGAAUUGCCUGAGGAGUCCUCCUCUACUGCUCCAGGCUAUUGCUGCAUAUACCUUACGCCUAAAGACCCUGAUAUCCAGAGAAAUGGAGAAGAUUGAUGUCAGAGCAGAUGCUGAAACAUUAAGGUAUAAGUACGAGAACAAUCGGGUAACAAACAUUUCUUCUUCUGAUGUGAGCUCACCGUUAAGUUAUCAAUUCAACGGUAAUGGGAAGAUAGGCUCGGAUACUCAUUCCGAAGGAUCUAAUAACCAGCUCCUUGAAAGACAGAAAGCACAUGUUCAACAAUUUCUUGCUACUGAAGAUGCACUAAACAAAGCUGUUGAAGCAAGGGACUUGAGUCAGAAACUUCUAAAGCGUUUGUAUGGGAGAGCUGACACAGUUUCUUCAAUUUCACUUUCUGGAGGUACAUCACAGAACGUUGGCAAUCUUAAACAGUUUGAGUUGGAGGUUUGGGGCAAGGAGAGAGAAGCUGCUGGAUUGAGGGCUAGCUUAAACACAUUGAUGUCUGAAAUACAACGGCUUAAUAAACUAUGUGCCGAAAGGAAGGAAGCAGAAGAUUCUCUGAAAAAGAAGUGGAAGAAAAUUGAAGAGUUUGAUGCUCGCAGAUCGGAACUCGAGACCAUAUAUACUACUCUUCUGAAAGCCAACAUGGAUGCUACUGCAUUCUGGAAUCAGCAACCACUAACUGCAAGGGAGUAUGCAACAGCUACGAUAAUACCAGCUUGUGAGGUUGUUGCGGACAUUUCACACAGUGCUAGAGAUUUCAUCGAGAAAGAAGUUUCUGCUUUCUUCCGAAGUCCUGAUAACACCCUCUAUAUGCUUCCAGCAACCCCACAGGCACUUCUGGAGUCUAUGGGUGCUAAUGGAUCUACCGGACCUGAAGCUCUUGCCUCUGCAGAGAAGAAUGCUGCUUUGUUGACAGCAAGAGCUGGUGCAAGAGAUCCAUCAGCAAUUUCAUCUAUCUGUCGCAUCUCUGCAGCCCUUCAAUAUCCUGCGGGACUGGAAGGUUCAGAUGCAAGUUUGGCAUCAGUUUUAGAGUCCCUUGAGUUCUGCCUGAAGCUUCGUGGUUCCGAGGCAUGUAUUAUGGAAGAUUUAGCGAAAGCAAUCAAUUUGGUCCAUACAAGGCAGGAUCUUGUUGGAAGUGGCCAUGCUUUGUUAAACCAUGCAUACCAUGUCCAGCAAGAAUACGAAAGGACAACUAAAUAUUGCCUAGAUCUGGCUGCUGAACAAGAUAAAAUAAUAACGGAGAAUUGGUUGCCAGAACUUACGUCUGCGAUCCUAAAUGCUCAAGCGUCCUUGGAACACUGCAAAUACGUGAGGGGUCUGCUGGGUGAAUGGUGGGAACAACCUGCUGCAACUGUCGUUGACUGGAUCACCAUAGAUGGGCAAAACGUCGCUACUUGGCAUAAUCAUGUGAAACAGCUUCUCGCCUUUUACGACAAGGAAUCGUUGUAGAGAACACUCAUCAGCCACAUGGAAAGUAAAAAAGUCGCUCCGAUUCACGGGAACUGUAAGCAUUUUGCUCUCCGAAUCUGCUACCAAAAACCCUCCCGAGACAGAGAUGUGUGAGCAGAGUUUCUAUAGAGAUUUUUAAUCGGAAUCUGUGUUUAUUUUCCCGGGGAAAGACUCUCUUCAUACCACGGAGCUCGGUGUGAAAACUCAAAGCAAAUGCAGAUGCAACAGCAAGCUUGAGGUACAAUUGUAUAUAGAUACAAGACUCUUCUCUAUUUAUUAACCCAUCUCUGACUCUGUGUGUGUUCAUAGGUGUUGGCCAAUUGGAAUUACGUUUUUGGGUUUAGCGUUUGUUGCUCCGUUCUUGCUGAUCUUAUGAUCAAAACUCCGUUUUUUAUUAUCUUUUUUUUAGUGUGUUUAAGCCAUUGAAUGCUGGAUCGGGUUUCGGGUAAACCGGCUUCCUCGACCGUUGUUUGCUCACAAGUUAAUGGAUGCCGUCUCUAUGUUUUUGUUUUCGAGUA